AUGACCGACUCGACAUAUCAACCCCUCUCUGGCUUGUGGGAACCCACACAACUGCAAAGACUACAUUACGGCGCCGACUCAGUCAACAAGUAUUUGCUUGCCUGUCUUCCAAAGGAAUCCAGCAAGGCCUUUGUCAUCACCGGUAACUCACUGGCCACCAAGACUCCCUUGGUGAAGCAAGUAGAAGAGCUUCUGGGGGGAAAGCAUGCUGGAACAUUUAGCAAGAUUGGCGAACACGCACCUGUCGCACAGCUCGACGAAGCCACUGAUUUAGUGCAGAAGGAUGGAAGCAUUGACACGGUCAUCUCUAUUGGUGGUGGAAGUCCGAUUGAUAGCUCAAAAGCCAUCAGCUAUCGUCUCCACGAAAAGACUGGGAAAUUUUUGCACCACAUUGCUAUUCCAACGACUCUGAGUGCGAGUGAAUGCACGUUCAUGGCAGGCUAUACGCAAGCCAACGGCGUGAAGACGGGAGUCAAGGCCCAAGAGCUCGCACCUCAAGUUGUGCUUUACGACGCCAAAUUUGCUCUGCAUACGCCUGAGCGGCUGUGGACGAGCACCGGCCUGCGCGCCCUCGACCAUGCCAUAGAGUUGCUUUACCACCCCACCGCUUCCGAAAUGCCAGCGCGUUGGUUGGCAUUGCAGAGUGCAGCAACUUUAUUGGACGCGCUACCAAAGUACAAGAAAAGUCCCAAGGAUGAGGACCUAAUCACCAAACUCCAGCUCGCUGCCUUUGGCUCGCUAGGAUCCUUAGGCUACAACGUCAAGGGUGGACUCGGUCUCUCGCAUGCGCUAGGCUAUGCACUUGGUUCUCCAUAUGGCAUUCCGCACGGCAUCACGUCUUGCCUCACGCUGGGCCAUGUCGUCAAGCUCAAGGCACAGGACCCCUCGGCGGCUCAACAGGUUGCUCGUCUUCUUCCUUUUAUCGGUGAGCCUGUUUCUGGUAACACACAGGCGGACGCAGCGUUGGUCGGAGAUAGGAUUCUGAAGCUAGUCAAGGACUUGGAGUUGGAUAGCGACCUGAGAAACUACAAGGUGGGAAGAGAUCAGAUCCCGGUGAUUGUAGAGAGAGCAACAGGUGGGAUGAAAGAGGGGCUGAUUCAUGAUGCAGUUGAGGGGUUGGUCAAGGGGUUGUUCGUUUGACCAGCUGGAAGACGGUGGCUCUAAUCAGAUGUUCCGAUGAUAGAUAUGACGGCCAGGUUUGCAAACUCAGAGUUCACGUCCGG